AAAUUCUUGAAUUUGCGAUCACUGUCCGGAGCUCCCGACAAUGAUUGCUUUCACAUAAUAUAUGACGCGUUUCGUUUGGCCAACAUUUUCAGUUUCCCAUUUCUCAUCUCACCUGCUUCUCUAGACCCUUUAUCUCCCAUAACCCCUAAUCAUACUCAAAUCAACUCUGCAUCGAACUUUCGUUCAACUACUCUAUAAAGAACCCCUGGUAGGUAGCAACAACCCUCGCGAAAUUAACCAAAAAAACCCUACUGAAAAUGGUGUUUCAGUAAGAAAGAAAAAGUUUUUACUGUGCUCAAAUCUUUAGUCUGAUCACUGGUGUAAAUUGAACUGAAUCGAUGGCGGGUGGUGAAGGAGAAGGGACAUCGUUAGAGUUUACACCCACAUGGGUUGUCGCCGCCGUUUGUACCCUCAUCGUCGGAAUCUCCCUCGCCGUCGAACGUCUACUCCAUUACGCCGGCAAGAAAUUGAAGAAGGCAGGCCAAAAGCCACUUUAUGAAGCCCUGCAAAAGAUCAAAGAAGAGUUGAUGUUGUUGGGGUUUAUUUCGCUUCUAUUAACGGUGUUCCAGUCUAGAAUCAUCAAGAUUUGUGUGAAGGAGAGUAUCAUGGAACACCUCCUCCCAUGCUCGUUGAGUGACAGAAAAGAAGCCACCGGUUCUAAGCCAGAGGCAGAGGGUACAUCUCAUCUUCGUCAUUUACUAGCAGAAGAAGCAACAGCGACGGGUUAUUGUGCUUCAAAGGGAGGAAAGGUCCCACUGCUAUCUCUUGAGGCGUUGCAUCAUUUACACAUCUUUAUUUUUGUCCUUGCGGUUGUGCAUGUCACAUUUUCUGUCCUCACAGUUGUAUUUGGAGGGGCAAGGAUAAGACAAUGGAAGCAUUGGGAAGAUUCUAUUGCAAAAGUUAAUUUUGAUGCCUCACAAGUUUUGAAGCCAAGAGUGACCCAUGUUAAAGAUCAUGACUUCAUCAGGAACCGAUUUGUGGGUAUUGGCAAAGGCUCAGCCAUCCGAGGCUGGCUGCAUUCUUUCUUCAAGCAAUUUUAUGGAUCUGUAACCAAGUCGGAUUAUGUUGCAUUGCGUUUGGGAUUUAUUACAACACAUUGCAAAGCGAACCCAAAGUUCAAUUUUCACAAGUACAUGAUACGCGCUCUUGAAGAUGAUUUUAGAAAAGUCGUUGGGAUCAGCUGGUAUUUGUGGGUGUUUGUGGUCGUGUUCUUGUUGCUAAACAUUAAUGGUUGGCAUACGUAUUUUUGGAUUGCCUUUUUCCCUUUCAUUCUUUUACUUGCUGUGGGAACAAAGCUGGAGCAUAUAAUUAUUCAGUUGGCUCAUGAGGUGGCAGAGAAACAUAUAGCCAUUGAAGGCGAACUGGUUGUUCAACCUUCAGAUGAUCAUUUUUGGUUUCACAGGCCCAGAAUUGUUCUUUUUCUCAUACAUUUUAUCCUUUUUCAAAAUGCAUUUGAGAUUGCAUUCUUCUUCUGGAUAUGGGUUACGUAUGGAUUUGACUCCUGCAUAAUGGGGCAAGUGCGCUACAUUAUUCCACGGCUUAUUAUUGGGGUUUUCAUUCAGGUUUUGUGCAGUUACAGCACUCUACCACUUUAUGCUCUUGUAACACAGAUGGGAACUCAUUUCAAGAAGUCAAUAUUUGAUGAGCAUAUGCAAGCAAAAUUUGUGGGUUGGGCUCAAAACGCCAAGAAAAAGGUAGCCACUAACUCAGGAACAAAUGGCUCGAGCCAUGAUGGCCCAUCUGGCUCAGGUGGCUCAGCCACUGCUGCUACUUCAGCUUUUAAAGGGAUUCAACUGGCAAAACUUAACCAGAGUCAGCAGCCAUAAAACCAAAUUAUUGCCUUGUGGAGAUGCAUAUGUUAAUAGUAGUCUGAAAAAUUAGGGCCAAUCUUGAAUCUUGUUCUUCUAUAUGUUGGGUUUUAGUAAUUGUGUUUCUACCAAAAUUUUGUUUUGAACAUUGAAAAUAAUGUAACGAUUUGGAUCCAUGAUGUAUGAGGUGAAUGCUUGAUGGUUUAAAGUUGGU